CACCCUUUUGAGUCCUUGAAUGAAGUUGAAGAUAAACACAAGGAAUCAGUCAGAAAAUUCACUGCUUUGGUUACCAAUAACCGUCUAUUUCAGUUUAUCAAAAAGGCUGCUUAGGCAAAAGAAAAAUACUAGAAAAUUACCCUCCACGCAUCAAUAAUCAAACCCCAGUUGUGUAUACUAUAUAGUAAAUUAACAUUAGUCAUACAUACAUAAUAAGUACAAACUUAGUAGUUAGCUUUACCCUUUCAUUCUGCAUCAUCAUCUACCAAGAAAGAGUCACAUAUGGGAGCCUGUUUUUCUUCCAAACCAUCCUCCACAACCAACAAUGUCCGUUUGGUUCAUCUCAGUGGAUAUGUGGAGGAUUUUGAGAAGCCAAUUUCUGUGAGCCAACUCACUGGCACCUCUCAGAAGCACUUUGUUUGUACCUCACUUCAGCUUCUUUCACCUUGCUCAAAACCAUUGAAUGGAGACACAGAACUUCAACCUGGGAAUGUCUACUUCAUGCUACCAUACUCAAUCCUUCAAGCUGAUGUUUCUCCUGUGGAUUUGGCUUCCCUUGCAAAGAGGCUCACUGCAAUAGCAAAAACCAGCAAAGGGUCUUCCCUCAAAGAUGGUCCUUUCUCAAGCCAACAAGGGUUGAACGAUGUUUGGAGUUCGCCUUCAAGGAGUCCUGGGAGGCUUGGUGUGGUUGAACGAAGUCCAUGUAGAGUGCAGCCUUGGAAACCUAUCUUGGACACCAUCAGAGAGAAGUCUUUCAAUCGGAGAAGUGAAUCAGAUUUGCAAGAACAUAUUUGAUGUUUGAAAGACCUUGAAUUGAGGUAAAACUAGGAAGGAAGAAGACACAUGUUAGUUGGUUUGAUUAUCUUCUGACAAGGGAAAAAAUUGAAAUUUGAGACGGUUACGCAUGAAAUUUUCUUGUGUAUAAUUCUUCUUUGUAUUUA